CGCCGGCCCUCUUCCUCCCUCCCUCUCUGCUGCGCCGCCGGCCCUCUCCCUAGCUUCAGCUCGUGCGCGCGGGCCCCUCCCUCGCUCCUCUCCUGCACAGCCUGCCUCUCUCCACAUCGUCCCUCUUCCUCCCUCCCUUUCUUGCUGCCUCUCCUGCGCCACCAGCCCUCUCUUCCAUGGAUCUGCAUGGACGGCUUAUUCAUCUCAUCCUCUCUCGAUCUGCAGGAUACAAGGGGAAAAAGUCAGGGGUCUAGGUGCUACUCCGGCGCGGCGGCACACCCAUCUCUCUUCAAGAUGGUCAAGAAGAUGAACAAAAGAAAAAGGAUGGCCGGCCCAGCAGUUUGUUUGUAGCUCCGCCACUGCUGAGACCCCUACGUUCCCAGCCACGCCUCGCCCACUCGCGCUGUGUGUGCCUCGGAGAUGGACGGCGAGUCAUUUUUCGAUAGGAUGGUUUCCCAGCUUCGGUCGACAUCCAAGUACUACACUGGAUAUCCCAAGGAUCUAGGGCCAUCAAGAAUCAUACCGUUCACAUCAGAGCGUCAGUUUGUGCAGCUAUUACAUGAAGGACGGCCUGUAGUUGUGGCCUUUACCAUUAAGUGCACUUAUACACAGCAUCUUGACAAAGUACUGGAGGAAGCUGCUGCUACAUUUUAUCCUCAUAUAAAGUUUGUUCGGGUGGAAUGCCCAAAGUAUCCUGGGUUUUGCCUCACGAGGCAAAAGACUGAGUAUCCAUUUCUUGAAGUAUUUUACAACCCAGAACAGGCUGCUAACCCAGGUAAGAUGGUGGAUCCGAGCAUCAUGAAAUACUCCGCAAAAGUCCUACCUUUCAACUAUGACCAGAGCGUGUAUGGAUUUCGAGAGUAUUUUAACAAGUAUGGGUUCAAGUAUUCCGAAGCAAACUAGGUUUGUCAUGGUGAGGCCUAGUUAUUGAAUUUACUUUCAGCCUGAGUCUGUACUAACAGUGAUACUGCAUUCUUAAGAAUCAGCACCCCCUGCAUACUGGCUCUGCCUUGGCAAAUGGUUGGAAAAAUGGCCAAGCAAGCUGUUAGCUAGGUUUCCAGUAUGCUCAAGAUUGUAGUAGAAUUUCUGGAUGUUGCAUGUUGUUCUUUGUCGAAUCUCUGAACUGCA